ACAAUGCUUCUUGUAAACGCAUGUGAAGUUUCUUUACCUAUCAAACAAGACUAAAAUCAACAUGCAUAAUUUGAUCUGACGACCAUAAAUGAGCUUCUGUUGCAAUCCUCAAUGUUCACCCUCAAUUCGCAACUAUAAGUUCUUUCAAGUUUUGGAAACUAGCUUCAUCAUCUCCUCUCGUGAAUUUGGAGAUGUCCUUCCUUUAGGAAAGAGUUUCCAUUUUAUAGACAAAUCGUGAAAAUACGGAUUGAUUAGCUAUGUUUAAUUUUACUCAUAACCUGAUGAGAAAAUUCGAAUUUCGCUUGGAGAAUUUCUUAAAUUCUUUUACUGCAAAGACCAACUAUGGUGCAGUGGCGGCAAUAGCAACUCCAAUUGUGAUCAUUGCAGGAACAUGCGUGGUAUUUUAUUAUGCAAAACAUGUUUUUAAAAGCAAAAAUGAUGGUGUUUUUGCAAGGUCCAUGUCCAUGGGAGCUCUACAUGGAGGCAAACUGGCCAUGGAAAGGCUAACUGAUUACCAUCAAGCUAGGGCAGAUGCAGCAUCACUAAACGCAGCUGAAUCUGAAUUAAAAGUUCUACUCGAAGAGGAACAACCUGAUUUCAAAAAGCUGCAGAGCGCUGUUGCAAAGCUGGAAAUGAGUGGAAAGGAAGCAGUUGCAGUGGGAAUACUCGAAAGUGCAGUGAAAAAGGCCAGAAUGGAGGAAAAACCUCAAGAAGCUUAUGAAAUUGAAAUGUUGCUUGUUGAAAUGCUUAUUUACAAGGGAGAUUACGAUAAGGCUUUAAAAUGUGAAUGCCUUAGUCACGAAGAAAUUUCUGAUGCAAGACGUCCUUUAUAUAAGGCAAUCAUUCACAUCAUGUUAGACUCUCCAAAAGAAGAAGCCUCCAAAUAUUGGGAAGAAUUCACAGAAGUUCGAACACACUUCCAGUCUCCACCAAUUUCCCAAGACGAUGACCAAUCUCACCAAGCCAUUACCAAUUUCAAUGAAUUUGGAAAGGUUGUUGAUCAGGUGCUCAAAAAAGAUAUCACCAAAGCUCACACUAAGAGAUAACGAAGUAGCAAGAAAGGGUAAUCCAUAUCUACAGGCUUACAGCUUCAUGCAUGCAUCUUAAUAUAUAUUCUCAGGAUUUUUUU